AUGUGGAAGGUACUAGCUAUACUUGCGGCCGUGCAGGCCGUGAAUUGUGAUUCCAGUCCCCCACUGGAACAAGACAGCAAUAGACAAAAGAGGCUAUUAUUUUUCGAUGAACAAGGAAGCCUUGUUAAGACCUAUGCCAACCCACAUCAAUACAACCUUGGAUAUUAUGAGAAAGACAAGAAUCCGCUUUUCUUUAAUUAUUUGAAUCCAUUUUAUAGCCUCCUACGACCUAACACUUUUGGAUCAUCUAUAUUAUAUACUAUACCAGUGUCAGACGCAGUAUUAAAGCAACUCUACAUGGACCCAUUAUACCACAAUCAGCUUAUAGUAUUGCCAACCCGAAAGCCAGUAGUAGAAGCGAGCCGUCUCUGCUCCGGAAGACGAACGCAGAUACCAUCUCCAAACCUCUGCAGCAACUUUCUCAACUGCUGGGACGGCUGGGCCUGGGAACAGGAGUGUCCAGCGGGCCUAUUAUUUUCAAAUGAAGGAUAUUGUGACUAUCCAUAUAAUGUAAAUUGCAACCAACGAUAUGUUAAAGAAGAACCGAAGCCGCUUUGCAAUAAAGAGUUUGAGGCUUUUAAGAAUAGUGAUAACUGUAAGGAGUUCUUCAUAUGUGUCCAUAAACUACCUAUGAAGUUUCAGUGCCCAGAGGAUCUAGCUUAUAAUGAGGAAUUAGGGGUAUGUGACUAUCCAGCUAACGUGCACUGCAAUAUGACACUAAGUAUCACCACUCCAGCUCCUCAACCUAUAGAGGUUUCGACUACUGCAUCAAAUGACCCAAGUAGUUCAACAUCCACACCGGAUAAGCCUAUGUUGAAUAGUCAAAGCUGGAAAUCUAUUCAAGUGGCGACGUCUCGACAGGACGCUAUCAAGCAACUAGGUCAGCUAGCUCACAUACAUACCGGUUACUAGAUAGUAAUGAUAUCGCCUUACUAGGUCUUAUUUACUAGGAAGUACAUAUCACACCUUAUAUGUGUAACCUGGAUCUUUCUCUUUUAGUAACAGACCUAGUAUGCAGAAAAUGCAAAUGCUAUUUUAUCUUCCGUUUGAUUUUAAUCAAUGAGGGAAUUCUUAAAUAUUGUUAUCCAAAAUUAUUAAAAAAUAAUAAUUAAAAUUCAAAUAAGAAAUAAUAUCGAUCGGCUUUAUACGAUUUAUCUCACUAGAAGAUCAGAAUAUCAGGUAAUUAUAAUAUAAAAAAUCUAUUUAUCUAAAAAAUAGUUUUAAAUCUUCUUUGCAUAAUGAUGUAAAGUGCAAAACUUUAGAUCCAUAAAACUAAGAUCUUUGAAUUUAGAGCUAAGCAUUUUAAUGUUAAAGUUAGUCAUUAACUAUCCAUUUCACCAUCACAUGCAUUG